CUUAAACCCAAUCGGAUCCUCAUCAGUCAUCAAUGGAGGAGAAAUGCCGCCGGAGAAACAAUAAUCAGCACCAAUCCGGCGGGACCGAAGGGGCGCUUCUCCGGUGCGCGGACCUGGUUCUACCUUACCUACGUCCCGCAGAACUAGCCGCCAUUUCGUCAACCUGCAAAACCUUGAACCAUAUCUCCGAAACCAUAACUUCCCGAAGAACCUUCGACGUUUCGAGAGGCUUCGAGGACAUUGCUGUUCCUUCGAUCAACCCAGUUGUCGGUGAUUUAGAACUCUACCCUUACUUUCUCUAUACUCCGGUUCAGACCCUCGAAUUAAACCCUGAAUAUCAACAAUCAUGGGGCUCCGACACUGAUACCGGACUCAAUUCUCGGAUGACGGAUCCUUUCCUCUUCCGGGUGGAAGGCGCAGACGGAUGUGAGUGUGUGAGGUGCGACAGUGGGGACUCAUCGUGUACUUGCCUGGACUCGGACGAGUCGUUGCUGACUCGGGAGUGCGGGCCGAGCUGCAGAUGCGAGAUGGAAUGCGGCAACCGGGUGACUCAGGGAGGCGUGUCGGUGAAGCUGAAGAUAGUGAAGGAUGAGAGGAAAGGUUGGGGUUUGUAUGCUGCUGAGUCAAUUCCGAAGGGAAAAUUUGUGUGCGAGUACGCAGGUGAGCUUUUGGCUACCAAAGAAGCAAGACGACGACAACAAACAUAUGAUGAACUUGCACCAAGCGGGCAUCUAUCUCCUGCUCUUUUGGUGGUGAAGGAGCAUCUUCCAUCUGGAAAUGCAUGCAUGAGGAUCAAUAUUGAUGCUACAAGAGUUGGGAAUGUUGCUCGAUUCAUCAAUCACUCUUGUGAUGGUGGAAACACCAGCUUAGUAAUAGUCCGGAGUUCUGGGGCUUUGCUGCCUCGUAUUUGCCUCUUUGCGUCGAGAGGUAUACAAGAAAAUGAAGAGCUCAUGUUUAGUUAUGGAGAUGUUAGGCUUAGGUCAAAUGGUCAGCAGUGCUUUUGCGGUAGUUCUUCUUGUGCUGGCUUCAUGCCUUCUGAACAAACAUGAGUAUGGAAAGGUUGAAUUAAUGUCCUUUAAAUGCAUUUACAUGCUCACAUGACAACAGUCAAUCACAAAGCAAAGAAAACUGGCACACAGCCCUCCUGGAUUUGCUCCCAUUGCCAGGGGGCUCACUGGCAAAAUUCAAGACUGCAAGUUGAAGGCGCCUUCUGUCUUUGCAUUUGAUCUUAUGUCAUCGAGUGUAUGGCCCUUGCUGUAUCGAGGGUAAAAUUUGUAUUUUGGAGUUCAAUUAUUGGAUAAAUGAUCAUAGCUAACGUUGUGGCAAUUCCUUAUAUGGAUUGGAGUUCUAUUA